AUGCGAUUUUUAUUCAUAAUCAUCGUUCUUGCUUAUGUUGAAGUUUCUUAAUGCUAAUGGUACAACACAGUUGCUUUGUUAGCAUCAAACACAAUAUUUACAGAAUCAACUGGUCCCAAUGCAUAUUUAAAAUCUGGAACCUUUUUAUAGUAAUCUACACAAACCACAGCCAAUUUUAUCACUUGUAUCAACCCAGAAACAAGCUAUAUCACUUUAAAUAGUAAUUAUCCGACGGUUGUAACAAAUUAAACCCACUACACGAACACAGGAGAUUUUUUAGCUUUUGAUUUAUAUUUUCAGGGUACUUGGCAAAAUUAAACAGUAAAAUUUAAAAAAGGUUCAUUUGAAUACUUAUAUUAUUAUGAAUCACCAUCAGUUUAUUCAUCAACUAAUGCAUUUUGUGAUUCCUUAAGUGCUGUUAUAAAAACAGUAAAUUUUACUAUAACAACUUCUAACAUUAAGGAAAUUUUAUUUUUCUCCUAAAAUUCUGGUGAUGGGUAAGUUUCAAUCAAGAAUUACUAUGUAUCUACUUUUAUUUGUUUUCCAUCUUGUUCCAAAUGUGGUGGUCCUGGAUUCUAGGAAUGUACAAAUUGCUAUUAUCAAACGCCUACUAAUGGAAUUUGCCCCACUUGCCCAGCAAAUGAAUAUUAUAUGAAAUAUAUAGGAUGCAAAAAAAUUUGUCAUAUAGAUUCUGCUCUUUUUAAGAAUGGAUUUUGUUAAAGUUACCCGAGUAAUCAUUAUAAAUAUUUUAGUUCAAACUUUUACAACAACAUCAUUUACCUAAAAUACCUUCUCCUCACAAAAUAUGAAAUGGUCAUUAAUCCUUGAUUCACUACAUUUAGAUAAUGCUGUGUAUCCAAAUAUUUAUCUAUAUUAUCGAUACAUAUAUGGAGUAUUUAAAUAUAAUUCUGGAGUUUAUAGAUUUAUUAAUGAAUUAUCAACUAAUUAUGCAACUCAAUUAAUUGGAUUGCACCUAACGAUUGUAACUUUCAAUGAAAUACCACUUAAUUGUGGAAUCAGAUUCAAAAUUAAUAACACUUAUUACGGAUCAAUUUAUAGAAACAAUAUAGGAAUUCAGACACAUAAUUUACAAAUCUAUGAAACUACGAUUUUAGGGGCAUAUUAAACAUAUUCUGUCAAGUAAUAUUUAUUAAUUACAUACCUUGAUAUUCCUAAAAAUCAAUUGUUAUUCUCAGCAAUUGGAAAUUACACGUAAAUUUCAAUUAUCAUAGAUUAGUGAUAACUCUGCUGGAUGGGGAAUAAUAUCAGUGUAAGUUACAGCGGGGUAUUGUCCAUAAAAUUGUAAACUAUGUGAGGUAUCAUUCAAAUGUAAGAUUUGUAAUAGUGGAUACUAUUUUUAUAAAGAUGGUACUUGUGUAAAUAGCUGUCAAAAACCAAAUUAAAAAUUAAAUGGCUCUUUUUGUGUAGAUUACGACUAAUAAACACCAUGUAAGACUAGUUAUAUAUAUCUAGACUCUUAAUUUUUAAUUUAAGAAUAUCUAAAUCUAGAAAAUGAUCCUGAGUAAUACUCCUAAUAUACUUUAAUUUCUCAAAAUGGAACCAACUUUUUAAAAGGAUUAGAUAUUUAUUAUUCAUAUUGGCAAUCUUACCGGGUGUUUGGAGGCCCACUUGUUUGGGCCUAAGCAAAAUUCAAAAGAGUUCAUAACAUAGUUGAUCCACAUCAUAGCAUGACUAUUGCUUUUUAUAUCCUAUAUGGACCAGCAUUCCCUUCAGAUGGGUAGUUCAUAUAUACAAUUGAAAACCACCCGCCAGUUUCUAAAUCAAAAUCUAGUUAUUAUUCAUUCUAUUCUGAUGGAUCAAAAUAUGAUAAGGUAUAUUAAAGCAUAUCUCACAGCACAAGUACUUUAACAAUUUAUUGGGAAUGUUUUGGACCCAAUAAUGAACCCAUUCAGGCCUAUUGUGGCUUCUAUAAUUAUUUUAUAGUUGUUCAUAAAUGCAAACCUUAUUGCUUAGAGUGUUCUGAUUAAAAUACAUGUUCAUAAUGGAAUAGUACAUAUGAUUCUAAUGUUAUCAAAUUUUCAUAAACAGAAUGUUUGAUUAAUUAAUAUUAUGAUUAAGAAUCAGUUAGAUGCAUAUACUGCUCAUAAUCUUGCUUAACAUGCACAUCUAAAAUAGAUUGUUAAAGUUGUGAAUCUACGUUUACUUUAAGCAAAUUAGGAUGUAUUUGUAAGUAGAAUUAAUAUGAAGAAUCAAAUUAAUGUUUUGAUUGUCCUAUUGAAUGUAGUCAAUGUUUAGGUUCUAAUUAUUGUAUAGAAUGCUUAAUCAGUAAUAAUAGACAAUUAGAAAAUGGAUAAUGUAAUUGUAUAGAUGGUUAUUAUCCCAUACUACCAGAUCCUCAAUGUCGUAUAUGUCAUAAAUUUUGUAAAACUUGUCUCGGACCUACUUCAGAUGAGUGUAUAACUUGCAAAAAUAUUGUUAAUAUAGAAAAUGUAGGAUUAAUAUGCAGAUGUCCGACAGGUUCAUAUUAUUAAGAUUCAAUAUAAACAUGUUCUUAUUGUCAUUCAUCCUGUUAAAUAUGUUUUAGAUUUGGUAUUAAUGGCUGUUUAGCAUGUGAUUCUUCCUUAAAUAGAAUAUUAAAAGGGUUAAGUUGCGAUUGUAUACCUGGAUAUUAUGAAUUAAAUAAUAUUUGCACAAGUAAUUUAAAUAUUUAAUAAUUAUUAUAGAUUGUCCAAUUAUAGAAGAUGAUUCCAUCAGUCAAUGUUACAAAUUAUGUAAUAAUGAUUCAUAUAUAUGGCAUACACUUACAUGUAAUUCUUGUGAUUUAGGAUUUCAAUUACUAUAAGGAGUAUGUGAGCCUAUUUGUGGGGAUUUAUAAAUAAAAGGAUAUGAAUAAUGUGAAGACGAUAAUAGUGUUUUUGAUGAUUUGUGUUAUAAUUGUUAAUAUCAAUGUCCAGUUCAUUGUGUAACUUGUGACUAAAAUACUACUUUACCGUGUCCAGAUAUUUGUGGUGAUGGAUAUAUUACUGGAAGUGAAGAAUGUGAAGAUGACAAUACUAUUUAAUAUGAUGGAUGUUAUAAUUGUUAGUAUUAAUGUUAGCCUUAAUGUACUUAAUGUAUUAAAGGGGAAUGUUUUGAAUGUGCUACUGAGGGGUGGUAUAUUGAUCCAACAGUCACUCCUUGGUAAUGUAAAGAAAGAUGUGGAGAUUUACUAAUUGUUGGAACAGAAUAAUGUGAUGAUGGAAAUUCUUCCGAAACAGAUGGAUGCAAAGAUUGUAUGUAUUACUGUAGAAUUGGUUGUUCAUCUUGCAAUUACACUACAAAGACUUGUUUAAGCUGUGAAUUUCCUGGUUUUGUUCCAAAUUCGUAUUAUUGCAAGAAUAUUUGUGGAGAUGGUUUAGUAGUCACAGAUCCUUCCGGUUUCUAUUCAGAAUAAUGUGAUGAUAGUAAUACAACUAAUUAUGAUGGUUGUAGCAGCUCAUGCUAGUUUUAAUGUUAACCAAUAGCUAUUUGUAUAAGUUGUGUUAAUAAUAUCUGUGAAGUUUGUGCUCCAACAUAUUUUCUCUCUUCUAAUAAGAUAUGUAUUCCAGUUUGCGGAGAUUCAAUUACAGUUGUUGGCGAAGAUUGUGAAGAUGGCUUUAUAUUACCAUAUAGAGGCUGUUAAAAUUGUAUUCCUAAAUGUUAAUCUUCUUGUAUAACAUGCGAUAAUAAUGGACAAGGUUGUCUCUCUUGUAAUUUAGGGUAUAAUAGAAUAGAUAAUUUAUGCUAUUCAAUUUGUGGGGACGGAAUAGUAACAGAUGAUGAAUAAUGCGAUGAUGGUAAUAUCAUUUUUGAGGAUGGAUGCCAUUUCUGUUAAUUUACUUGUGAGGAUUCAUGUCUUAAUUGCAUUUCAGGAGUCUGUUAUGAUUGCGAAGAUGGCUAUCAAUUACUAUCAUAUGUCAAUAAUUACAAAUUCAAAUGCGAUAUAAAUUGCUAAAUUUGCAUUUUUGGUAAGUGCUAAAUCUGCUAAGUGGGGUUUGAAAUGAAUCCUAUUCUGUAAACUUGUUAAACAGAAUUUAUAUAAUCAGAUAUUCAGAUUGAUUUUUGUAAAAUUUAAAUAGGGAAUGAUUGUAUAUUAUGUGAAGAUAUAGCGCAUUUGGAAAAUAUUGAAAAAACUUGUACUUUAAGUUUGGAUUCAAAAAUAUGUAUAAAGAAUUGUAAAGUUUGCUUAAAUUAAACUUGUAUUGAAUGUGAUUCCGGAUAUUAUGGAUUUUAUUGUAUCCCCUAAUAUGGAGAUGGCAUAGUUGUUGAAGAGGAAGUUUGCUAUGAUUAAAACAACUAAAGGAUCAAUGAUAAUAUCGAAUGCUAUUCCACUUGUGAUAUCAAUUGCAUGAGCUGCAUAAUAGGGAAAUGUGAUUUGUGCGUAUAAGGGUUUUAUUUAUUUAAUAAUGAUUGCAUAUCAAAUUUGAUAAUUUCAAAUUUUUAUUUGAACAAUGAUAUAGAUUUGUGUGGAGAUAAUAAAUUAGGUAUCAAUGAAGAAUGCGAAGAUGAUAAUACUAAACCAUUUGAUGGUUGCAAUUUAUGCAAAUUUUAAUGCGAUUUCAAUUGUAUUACUUGUCAAUUUGGAAAAUGCUAAGGUUGUAUCAGAGGUUAUGUUGUUAAUUCUAAUUAUAUAUGCGAGCCAGAAUGUGGAGAUGGUAUUUUGAUUCCAUUCACAACUGAGUAGUGCGACGAUAUCGAUGAUGGAUGUUAGAAUUGCUAGUUUAAAUGUUAACCAUAUUGCCUCUAAUGUAAUUUACAAUGGUGUUUUUAAUGUUAAAAUGGAUUUUCAAUCAAUUUUAAUUAAUGCUAACCUAUUUGUGGAGAUGGAAUUUUAAUAAAUGGCUUGGAAGAUUGUGAGGAUUAAAAUGAUGAACAAUUUGAUGGAUGUUUUGAAUGCAAAUUUUAAUGCCAACAAGAUUGUGAAAUAUGCCAAUAAGGUAAAUGCUUAAGAGUAUUUUGUCCCUAUGGAACAGUUUGGUAAGAAGACUAAUGUUAAUCAAUCUGUGGAGAUGGGAUUAUUGCUGAUGAUGAGCAAUGUGACGAUGGAAACGAAACUUAAUUUGAUGGGUGCCAUAAUUGUUAGUAUUAGUGUAAUUAAAAUUGUGUUUUUUGUGAAAUAGGAAUAUGCCUUGAAUGUAAUAUUGAUUAUCUCUUGAUUAAUAAACUUUGUAUUUUGAAUGAAUAGAAUGCUACUAAGAUUAUUAAUGAAUCUUUUGAUAGUAAUGAUCCUAGAUCAAAAAAGUCAAUUUUAGAUGGAAAUGAAAUCUGUAGAUAAUCCGAAUGCUCUUUCUCAAAAUAACCUAACAUGAAACUGACUUUUAAAUAGUAAUAUUUUUCUCUAUAAUAUGUUGACAUUAGUUUCGACUAAUAAAUAAAAUUUAGGGACCAAACAAAUUAAAAACAAUCCUUCAAUAUAAGCAUUAAUGAUUUAGAUCCCAAAGAUUAUAACAUUACUGUUAAUCCAAUUUAAGCUAUUUCUUUUGAUCUCUAAUAUGCUUAUUAUUAAGUUACAAUUGAAAUAUUCACACAACUUUUAAAUAAACCGACUCUUUUAAUUUCACUAAAUGAAGAAAUUGUUAACUCAAAUAAUUAGCCUCUGCAAAUUAAAAAUUAAUCUAUUUCUCUUUAAAUACCAAAAGUAAUUUCUGAAUCAAUAAAAUAAACAUCAAUUAAAGUAUAAUAAUCAAACAAAGCAUUUAUGAUUGGAGCAAUUUGUUUAUGUGUAAUAUCUUUAAUUUCAGGUGAAAGUUCAGUAGUUGUUGAAAUUUUUAGUAUUCUAUAAUAUCAAUCGUUCUUAAGAUAUAUUAAUGUUGAGUAUCCUGAGAACCUAAGUAUAUAUUUUUAAGCAUAGGAUUUGUUAUCGAUUACUUCAUAUUUAAAAUUCUUUCAAAUUGAAGAUCUUUUAAAUUUAAUAACAAGAAAAGAAUAAAAAAGUCUUGAUUUAAGUGGAAAAUUUAAAGAAUAUAAUAUAGAUGCCGAUCUUUUUACCAAUAUAUUUCCACAGAUAUUAUAAUUUCUUGGCUUGAUAACAAUGCUUCAUUUUAUCAAAAGAAUAUAGAAUUUAUUAUUAAAACUGCUUAUUUAUAAAAAGGCUAUUUACCAUCUUAGAACAAAAAUCUCAAGAAUAUUAAUUUCUGUUAUUAAUGUAAUUCUUUACUUAGGGAAGAGCAUCAAAAUAUUAAUUAAAUUAAGAUAUCUUUCUAAUUGUGAUUAAAUUAGGGAAUUAAUUUAUUUAAAUUCAUGGGACUUGAUAUUUAAGGUUAUUUUACAACUUCAUUACAAUCAAAUAGAUAAUAUUAGAAGUGUUUUGACCACUAUAUUUGCGGGUUUAAUAUUUCUCUAUUUUAUUUACUUUUUACUACAAUCUUUUAAAUAAUGCAAUGAUAUUUAUAACAAAAAUAUCAAAGAUAAGUUAAGAAUAAAAUUUAUGACUUUAGAUAUGUGCAGAACUAUGCUUUUCCAUAUUAUUUUAAUUUUAUUCUAAGAUUAGUAGUUUUUACAAUGCUUACUACUCUCUGUCAGUAGUUUAUAUUAAUGUUACUUAUUAUAUAAAUAUAAGUAAUGCUCUAAAUGGGAUAGAAUUAUUUCAAUUUUAAUUGAAGCAACAUUAACAGUUUUUAGUUUAAGUUUAUUUUUUUAUCUUGAAAUUUAGUAAGUUUAUGUUUCUUACGAAAACAAAGUUACUUUAGGAUUUAUACACAUGAAUUUAUUGAUUUUAUGUCUUGCAAUAGUUCUUGCAAAGCAAAUAAUCCCUAAAAUAAUUAAAAUAUUCAUAUUCUUGUGCAAAAAAGAGAAAGCUAAGGUUGCUACAGAAGUACUAUUUAUUUGA